UAUCCAUCAGCACCGACACGGUCACUCAGUUCCAUCGGGCGACUUCGUCAUUCAUCGGAAGCUCUGUGCUGAACAAAAUUGAGAUGCACCCGCUAAACACGGAGGAAUCUCAGCGCCUGCAGCGGGAUAUCAAGGUGCUGGUGUGGGUGAUGACACAGCCAAACAACCACAAGACGAAAGCUGUGUCAGUCCGCGACACUUGGGGCAAGAGGGUAGACAAGCUUAUAUUUAUGAGCAGCCAAGAAGAUGCUUCUUCACCGAGCGUCCAGUUGAACGCGACCGAAGGCCGUAAUCUUCUAUGGGGCAAAACAAAAGAAGCAUUUAAACACAUACACCAGCAUUACGUUGACGACUACGACUGGUUCAUGAAGGCGGAUGAUGACACGUUUGUAGUGGUGGAGAAUUUGCGCUACCUGCUCAGCUUAUACGACCCGGAGAUUCCAAUAUUCUUCGGCUGCAAAUUUAAGAAAUUUAACGGCCAGAUUUUCAUGAGCGGAGGUGCCGGCUACGUUCUCAGCCGCACAGCGGUCAAAAAAUUCGUCGAAGAAGCUCUUCCAGACCCUAAGAAAUGCAGAGCUACUGAUGACACGAGCGCCGAAGACGUCGAAAUUGCUGAAAUGGGUCCGAACUGCUGUUCAGACACUGCUAUUGCUUUCCACUACAUCGCCCCUGACAAGAUGUGGGAGCUGGAAUAUCUGCUGUACCAACUUAGACCACAUGGAGUUAUAACCCAACAACCCUUCCCUACAGCCCUACCUCUGCUGUACCAACUUAGGGCCAUACCCCAACAACCCUUCCCUACAGCCCUACCUCCGGACCUCAAAAGUGUCCCUGAACAGAUGAUGCACUCGUCAACGACAAGGUCAUCGGUGAGCUCGGCAGGAGAAAUUCAUGCGACUUCCAGCGGCGCCGAUGCUCAGUAACUCAUCGCAUUUUAAUUUAUUAAAGCUAAUUCAUCCAGGGUCAAAUAUUUUUUCCUUGAAAAAAUACUCUUUCAUCUUUCAAGGCAAAUAUUUAUUCAUUCUCAAACUGGUGUUAUCCUACGAAUGAAUAACCCGAGAAAACAAACGACGAAAGAUUCUUCACUGGGAGGAAAAAUUUUAUUGGGUUUGAUAACAAACGAAUUUUUUUAAUUUCAUUGAGUUCGUAUUAUGCAUGAUUCCUCCAUCCAUAUUAGCUACACGCCUAAAAUUGAACAUGAGUUUUAAGGGGACUGUAACGGUCAAAAAUCGAAAAUUUUUACUUUUCCGUUUUCUUAGCUCAUUUUGUAGCUGCUGCAGAGCCGCGUCCAACGCAGCAACCCGCAUGUAUGCGUGCUCUAGUUUUUGCGUAAAGUAAUUUCAAAAAUAUAUAAAAUCAACAUCUUGCACCAAUAUGUACACAGAUUUAUUUAAAUUAAAUUUGUACUUAUAGAUCACUAUUUUUGUUAGUUGCACAGUGUUUGCCCUCGUUUGAAAGCUACAAAGAAGA